CCGUGUUAGCGGCAGAAGCUCCGGUAUAUAAGGAGGAGACGGAGGCUCUCUCAGUCGCUGUGAAAGCCAUACACCCCUCACCUGCGCGCACACACACAUUUACACCCACACGCCUCUGCACCGCCAGCACUGUCUCCUUUCAUUCCCGUGUGCAUCUUCUACUUUAGUCUGACCGGAUGAGUUACCCGGUGGACACGAUAGGAAGUCCCUUCAGGAGAGUUAUGGAUACAAGAACAACCAGUUACGGCUACGGCCGCCCCAGCGGCACCCCCUCAAGCGGUUUUCGUUCCCAGUCCUGGUCCCGGACAAGCCCGGGCUCCACCAUGACCGCAUCCUACAAGAGGACCGUGAACGCACCAGCUCCCCGGGCAUACAGCUCAGCUGUGCUGAGUUCCGCCGAUAGUGUUGAUUACAGUCAAACCUCGAUCCUUAACGGUGACUACAAACGAUCUAAUGAAAAAGAACAACUUCAGGGGCUCAACGACCGGUUUGUUGUGUACAUCGACAAGGUGCACUACCUGGAGCAGCAGAACAAGCAGAUCGAGGCUGAGAUCCAGGCGCUGCGGCAGAAGCAGGUGUCCCGCAAUCAGCUGGACGAUCUCUACGACCAGGAGCUGAAAGAGCUGCGCACCGUUCUGGAGCAGAUCCACCGCGACAAGGCGCAGAUCCAGCUCGACACUGAGCACAUCGAGGAGGACAUCCAGCGGCUCAGGGAUCGCUUCGAGGAGGAGGCUCGAAUCCGUGAGGAGACGGAGGCCAUAAUUCGCGUCCUGAAGAAAGACACAGGCGAUUCGGAGUUGGUGAAGUCCGAGUUAGACAAGAAAGUUCAGUCGCUGCAAGACGAGAUCGCCUUCAUCCGCAACAACCACGAGGAGGAGGUGGGCGACCUCAUCGACCAGAUCCAGGCAUCCCAGGUAACCGUGGAGAGGAAGGACCUCCAGAAGACCGACAUCACAGAGGCUCUCCGGGAAAUACGCACCGAGUUGGAAGGCCACUCCAACCAGAAUCUGCAGCAGGUGGAGAGUUGGUUCAUGUGCCGCUAUGCCAAGCUCACGGAGGCUGCGGAGCAGAACAAGGACGCAAUUAAGUCCGCCCGGGACGAGAUUGCCGACUACAGGCGCCAGCUCCAGGCGAAGACAGUGGAGCUGGAGUCCGUCCGCGGGAUGAAGGACUCCCUGGAGCGACAGCUGAAUGAUAUUGAAGAUCGACACAACAGCGAUCUGGCCAGCCUACAGGAGACAAUCCACCAGCUGGACAAUGAACUGAAGAGCACCAAAUGGGAGAUGGCUCGUCAUCUCCGUGAGUAUCAGGACCUGCUGAAUGUCAAGAUGGCCCUGGAUAUUGAAAUUGCUGCAUACAGGAAACUCCUUGAGGGAGAGGAGACCCACUUCAGCAGCUUCCCAUAUCGCCAGGCUGUUACUUCUAGUAAAAUCUCCAAACCUAAAUCUGAGGCCUCAAAGCUGAAAGUCCAACACAAGUUUGUGGAGGAGAUCAUCGAGGAGACACGGGUGGAGGAUGAUAAGGUGGACAUUGAUGAGGCUCUGGCAGAGAUAGCACAGGAGCUCUCCGCUACACCAGGAGAAGGAGGCGAGGAGGAAGAAGGGGAAGAGGAGGGGGGAGAGGAAGAGCAGGAUGCUGAGGAAGAGGCAGCAGAAGAAGAAGAAGUUGUAGCUGCCACCAAAGACAAAGUUACUGCUAGUGCUCCUUCUAAGGAUGAGGAUGAGGAGGAAAAAGGUGACGAUGAGGGAGAAGAAGGUGAGGGUGAAGGUGAUGAAGGAGAAAAGGAGGAGGAAGCUGGGGAGGGAGAAGAUGAAGAAGAAAAGGGGGGUGAGGCAGAGGAAGGUAAUGAAGAGGGCGGAGAAGGAGGAGAAGAGGAAGAAGUUGAGGAAACAGUGUUGUGCUCCAAAGCUCCAGAGUCCAAAGCUUCUCCUGACAAAGAGAAAGGUGGAGAAAAAGAAGGUAGUGCAGGAGAAGAGGAGGAGGCCGGAGCCGAAGAGGAAGGUGCUGAAAAAGAAGAAGAGAAUGAAGAUGAUAACGCAUCAAAGAGUGUAGAUGAGAAGGAAGAAAAAGAUGAAGCAGAGAAGGAUAAAGAGGAAGAUGAAAAGGAGGUAAAAGAUGAGAAAGCAGAUAAAACAGAAAAAGCUGUUCCAAAGUCAGAAGCUUCAAAAACUGAGGCCAACAAGGAAGAAGCCCCAAAACCAGAGGGGUCAAAGUCCCCUAAGUCUGAAUCUCCAGUGGCAGGUUCCCCAAAGUCUGAAUCCCCAAAACCUGGUUCUCCCAAGUCUGAAUCCCCAAAACCUGGUUCUCCCAAGUCUGAAUCACCUAAACCUGGUUCUCCCAAGUCUGAAUCACCUAAACCAAGUUCUCCCAAGUCUGAAUCACCCAAACCAGGUUCUCCCAAGUCUGAAUCACCCAAACCAGGAUCUCCCAAGUCUGAAUCACCCAAACCAGGAUCUCCCAAGUCUGAAUCACCCAAACCAGGUUCUCCUAAAUCUGAAUCUCCAAAACGAGAGUCUCCUAAAGCUGAGUCCCCCAAGUCUGCUUCUCCAAAGCCUGAAUCACCCAAAGAAAUCUCACCCAAGGCAGAAUCCCUAAAGCCUAGCUCCCCCAAAUCUGAGUCCCCCAAGUCUGACACCACCAAAGCUGAGGCUCCCAAAGAGGACAAAUCUGAAAAGAAGAGUGAUUCAACAGAAGAUAAAAAGGUAGAAAAGAAAGAUGUUGCCAUGAAUGGCGAGGUGGAGAAGAGUAGCCCAGAAGAAAAAGAGAAGAAAGAUGCAGACGUGAUUGCUAACGGUGUAGAUGAGAGCCCUGUUAAGGAAGAUGGCAGCCAGAAAGUGGUGAUCACUAAAACCGUGGAGACAAUUACCACUGGAGAAGAUGGAUCCAAGCACGUCACAAAAUCCAUCACAGUGACAGAAACAGUGAAAGAGGGUGAGGAGGUGCUACAGGAGAAGCUUGUUUCCACCAAGAAGACAGAGAAGCAGUCUACCCAGUCUGUCAAGCAAGUGGCAGAAGCCGAAUGAGCAGACUCCGGACGGCGUAGCUAAAGUAGAAGGAGAGGAGGGGGCAAUCGUGAGAGGGGCAUAAGCUAGAGGAGAGAACAUAAGCAAUCCACAAAGAACUAACGUAACAAUGAAAUACAUACAGCUAGAGCGAUGUAACGAAACCACACUAAAAGCAAAUUAUAGAGAGAAGCCAAAAUAAAACAUGACAAACUUCAAACCUGCAUGUUGAGUGAAAGCUUUAAGCGAGCUUCGCCGCUGAUGCAGCGAAGAGCAAGCGACUGAGACAUUUUAUCCUCUUUUAGGUUCUUUCUGCUUUUAUAAGGUGAUCCCAGGAGUAGGAAGAAGGGAUGGGGUAUCUGCAUGCUAGCUCAGAAGGGUGGAGUACUUUCCUCUCUUAUCUGUUUGUUUGGUAGAAAUGCACUUUAAAGAGAUAACUUAACAUGAGACUGUUGAGGAGAUUUUUGAGUUAAAGUAGUCGGGGUGGGUUUGGGCAGGUGGAGGGUCCUCGGCGCAGACAUGCACUCUACUGAAGAAGCCUUACUAGACUUGUGAAGAUGCCAUCUGAGCCAGAAACAGUAACAAACAAUAAAUGCGAAACAUGAGUUGGAGAAACACAUAACCAUACCAGUAUACAUCCAGUAACUGAAGCAAUGACAGCUUAACAAAUCUGAGAAAACUCCUAGCCUUAAACAUGCUUUUUAUCACUGUCUGUUAUGUUUACCUGAGAGCAACUUAGACAAAUGUAAUUGUGCAUCCUUGUAUGCAUAGAAUGAACUUGAAUUUAAUUACAGAAAUAAAUGAGGUGCUACUGUUUGCAGUCCCAUAACUUUACUCAUCUUGAACUACUUCCCAGCAGCCUUUGCUCAAUAAAUAUCAUAACAAAACCAAAACAA